UUUCUUUCCUUCUGAUUUUUUUUUUCUCAAGGACUUGUAGCAAGCAAGUAACACACACGACAAGUUUUGGUUUGUUGCAAUCUCGCAACUCAUCUCGCUUACACGCAUCUCUACUCUCAUCUCUCUCGUUCGCUGACACCCAUUCUGUUACGCGCAUUUCACGCAUCUCGCGUUUUCUUGUUCUCUCGCGUCUCUAUUACUCACACCUAUCCGUCUUUACGUCUCUCUCUCUCUCUCUCUCGUUCGUGGCGGAAACACUCACUUGGUUUCUCAACAACCACCCUUUUUCUCUCAACUUUCAGGACAGGGAAACGAACAGCAACUAGGAUAAGAGAGCGCGCUCGGCCCGGUCGUUUUUGCGCACAGGAACGCGUUCUUGGCACACUGGACACAAUCAACUUUUCGUCGUCGUGUGUGUUUUUCUAACAACUGACGCGCAGCCUUACGAACAGCAGAACCUCAUUCACAUGGCGCCAGCAAUUCGCGCUGCCUCAUAUAGCGGGGUAAGAGUCUACGAAAUACAAUGUCGCGGCGUUCCUGUCAUGCGUCGCGUUGCCGAUGCCUAUAUCAACGCAACACAAAUCCUCCGCGCAGCGGGUCUUCCUAAACCCCAGCGAACAAAGAUUCUAGAGCGAGACGUCACUGGAGGCGUUCACGAAAAAGUUCAAGGAGGAUAUGCUGGUUUUCAAGGCACUUGGAUACCCUUGGAAAGUGCGCGGACGUUGGCCGCUGCACAUGGAGUUGAACAGGAUCUUGUUGAGCUAUUCGACUACAAACCUCAGCCUGGUGAUGCCGAACCACCGGCAAAAGAAAAGAGAAAGAGACCUGCACCGCCAAAAGAGGAACCCAAAGAAAAGUGGAGUUCCUCCUCGUUUGUUUCAUCUUCAGACGGUGAAGGUACGCGACCUUUUAGCACUUUUGUGAAGCAAGUGGACCGUGGCUUCAACUCUACCUUUGAAUGGUCAGGCGGAGAUGAGCAACAACGGGAGGGCUCCCUCGAGGAUGAUAUCGAAACACCCGAAGCCCGACGCACAACAAGAAUGGCUCUCCGGCCUCCGGGUACACGCCUCAAACGUCGACCCGUUUAUCCUGGGGAAGACGAGGAAGAGGGAGCAUACUUGUCGCCAAAGAAGCGUCGCACAGAAAGUCCUUUUUCGCAUGCAGCUAGCCCAAUGGGUCCUUCCACCGUGGAUGUGACAAAGUCUGUGGCCGCAUUCACGCAGCCCGUGCGUGCACCAUCGUUUGUACGUGACAAGACGCCUCCCCAUGCCGGAAAGCGAUGUGAAGGUUGUGGUGUGACGUCUACGCCUCAAUGGCGCCGUGGUCCGUCCGGAAAGCGCACUCUGUGCAAUGCUUGCGGAGUAAAAUGGAGUUUUGGUCGCUUGAACACCAAGGGAAAAUCCCAGGAUGAUUACAACAGUGACGAUUCUGACCUGAUGGAUAAUGAGAUGGAUCUGGAUAUCGACGGACCGGAUCUUGUUCCCGAAUCCUCGCCCAUGCGCCCAGUCCCUCUGGCAGAGAAAACGACACGCGACCUCGAGAUGCAAGUCAAGCAUUUGAAGCGGCAAUUGCGCGAGUCUGAACGCAGUCGCAAACGUCUCCGCAAGAUCCUCGAAGAGGCCGUCACAGAUGACAGCGAAAUGGAUCGAAACUUUCGACAGGUGGUAAACAAAUGCACCAUUAGAGCAGCUGUUUACACCCCACCUGAAUACGCUCCCACGGCCAUUGAUUACAUGAGCGGCGAUGACGACUCGUUUAGUGAUGAGGAUGAACACGAAGCACUGGUUGUCACACGCUUCCUGAGGGCGGUCAAACAGAACCGUGCCAGGAUGGAGUACAAUAUCAGUCGCAUGCACCUCAACAAGGACUGGGCUGUGAACGCACCAAAUGAAGCACGAGCGCCGGAUGCGAUUAUGGUUUGAAGAGAAGCAAAAAUUGGUUGUUUAGAGGCAUUACCCCGAUAUUUUGGGCCAGCUUUGGCAUAGACAGGCAGAAAAUUAUUUCUUUUGGGUUCUUUAUGAGCGGACGAUGUUGAGCCGAUUGCGAAGCUGCAGACGAGAUGCAGGACACUCGGUUUUUUUCUCGUUUCAGUGAUAUAGUUUUGGCGAUUUCUUUUGGGUCUGAUUCCUUUUUGUGAAUGUUGUUUUUUUUUUUUCCCUUGUGACCUCCCUGUUAUUGAUAUUCAGAUGCAUUCUGGGAUUUUAUUUUUCUUGUUUUCGUUCUGCAUGUGUAUUAUAUACAAUUCUUUAGCAAUAUUCAUUAUCAUUAGCAUCAUCA